AUGAAUAUUAAAGUUAAGUUUCCUAAUGGACAUUUUUUAGAGUUCUAAUGUCCUGAUCAUUGGACUACUGAAUAAGUAUUAUUCAACUAUAUCAUAGAUUCGCUGUUUCACUGCUAAAAACUAGUCUUUUUAUGAUCCAGAUGCUAUUAAAUUAUAUCAUGGUGGUGUGGAAUUAAUUGGAAAUGAAAAGUUAUAUGAAAUUGCAAAAAAAUAUGAACAAAUUGUAUUCUUAAUAGGAACAACUACUAAAAAAUUACCUUUAUAAACAAACAAGUAAUUGAUCUAUCUAGAAUACACUAAAAAUAUACAAAGACUUCACAAUAUCAAUUAAAAUACUUCAACUAAUUUCUAACCUAUCAUGAGUUAUAUGCCAAUCAUGGGAAUUAAGUUUUCACAAAAGAAUGAAGAAAAAAUUCAAAAAACUCAAUAAUAAAGGAGAUAAGGUAUAUAUUCAAUUUUAGAAAUUAGAUGAUAGAGAUACACCCAUGUAACAAGAGAUCUUUUUCCAUUUCAAAAUGAUUUGUUACAUUGGAGCAUUUUAUACUUUGUUUAGUUCUUAUUUUAAAGGCUAGAAUUAUUAUUAUCUAUUAGUUAUUAUUGGAAUAUUCUAUUGGAUCAAAUAUCAAGAAUUUAAGGCACAAUUAAGACAAUAAUAAUAAUUAUUAUAAAGACAACAAUAACAAUAACAAGAAUAAUAAAGAGAUAUAAAUUAAGAAUAAUAAUAAUAAUAAUAAUAAUAGUAAUAAUAAUAAUAAUAAUAAUAGUAAUAGUAAUAGUAAUAGUAAUAGUAAUAGUAAUAGUAAUAGUAAUAGUAAUAGUAAUAGUAAUAGUAAUAAUAAUAGUAAUAAUAAUAAUAAUAGUAAUAAUAAUAGUAAUAAUAGUAAUAAGAUUAUGCACAGAAUAAACGGUAAGAUUAAAUGAUAAAUAAACAUAAUCCUAAUAACAGUUCUAAAUCAAAUGAUUUGAAUUUUGAAUAAAAAGUAGAAUAAUAAGAAAUACUUGAUGAACUUGAUUCAUUCAAGGAUUAAGAUAAUGAAUUAGAUUUUUAAAUCAAUAAUAAAGAACAUUUAUAAGAUUUUUUAAUUAGACAGGCUAAAAUAUUAUAAGAAUAAGAAUUGUAGAGAGAUUAAUAAUUAAAUAAAAUAGAAAUAAAUGAAGUUAGACAAGAAUACAAAGAAUAAGAUAAUUAAGGGCAAAUCAAGAUAUAAAAAUAAUAAGAAAAUUAUUAGUAAGAAACUCAAGAAUAAAUAAAAGGAGAAGAAGAAGAAGAAUUACUUUUUGAUGAAAAAUAAUUUCAUGAAAACAUUGAGGAAUUAAGUAGUAAAGGAGUUAAUUAACCAGAUAAUGAAAAUAUUUAAACCUAAAAAAUUUAAAAAGAAAAAGAUGAAAAUUAGAUAGAAGAAUAAAAAGUAAAUGAAAAUACUGAGGAAAAUAUUUAAGAGAUUGAAUAUGAAAAAUAAUAAAAGGAUGAAUAAGAUGAAGAACCUGAGUUAGAAGAAGAAGUUCGAAAACUUAAAUAAUAAUAAUAAUGUAAUACUUUUAAAAAUAAUUAAUUAGAAAAGAAAAGAACUUUUAGUUCAUUUUUUAAAGCAGUUUUUGAAUUAAUUUACUGUUAUAUAAUGUCUUUAUUUCCAUUUUGGCAUGUAGGAUUAUAUCAAUAAGAAUGA